UUGCUUUUUAGAAGCAAGUUUGAUGGAAAUGUAUAAAAGGAUUGGUACUUAUUAAAAGCCUACGAUUGUAAUUUAAGCUUAUUGGUAUAGUUUUGGACCCAGUGUAAUUUUCUUACAAAACAAGUAGUAUAAUGUCCCCAAAAAGUUGCCAAAAAUCUGAAAUUAUUUUUUUGAAUUUCUUAGCUAUGCAGAAUAAUCUGACAUGAUUUGAGUUGUCUCUGUGUUAUAGAUCUUCAUACGACCCGAACUAAAACAACAUUCCUUUAAAUAACUAACGAUUUUCCAAAAAUUAGAAAAAAAAAAUAAUCUGCAACAUUUUGUUAUUGAAUCCUAGUUUUCUGCAAAACAAUUAUGGUUAUCUUCUUGCUGAAUUUUAUGAUCACUUUCUGGAUUAAUAAGCCUUUGCAAUGAAAAUAAAGAAGUUUUACUUUUUUAUUUUUAUAAGUCAGAAGAAAUUUGUGUAAAUGAACAGAACCAACCUCUGUGGAACAUCUGCAUCCAGAUUAAAACACUGUUAGUCCUGUAGUUUUUUUUUUUUAAUGGAAGUAGUUCAAAUGUCAUAAACAAAAUUACAUAUCUUCAUUUAACUCUCAAAUUGGAGGCUAAAAACGUAAAUACCAACUUUUUCCGUAUGUGGUACGAAUAUAUACAACAUUCAGUCCUAUUAACGAACACAAACCAAAUGAAAAAUGAAGUUAUUUUUCUGUUAAAGAGUCAAAGUUUUUUCAAAGAUAGUGCAAUUCACAUCAAUAUCCACUAGGGGGCAACAACAAGCGCCUAAAACUUUUCCGAGAGUAAACAAAGAAGACUUUCCAGCAGGAGAUAAAAUCGCACUGCGCAUGUGUGAGCGAGGACCAACGGCAGUGAGCUACACGCACGCGAACAGCAGCAAACAACCACGCCAAGAUGGACGAGUCCUCUGCUGCAGAGACCAGAGAAGAGGGAGCAACAAGCCAACGGCCCGAGUGUGAGCUCAGCCGUCCUGAUCCCGAGAACAACCUUAAUGCAUCCAGCGAGGACCCAGCUCCCGGGUUUGGGGUUUUCUGCUGUCAGGAUUGUGGUGAAACCUUCAGGGAGGAAAUGGUCUACUUGGAGCAUCGCUGUCAACAAAAUGUGUCACUAAACGAUCAGUCUGCUGACUCGCACGACACCAGCAAGGACGGGGAAGCGCCGUAUAUUUGUAAUCUGUGUUUACUGCCGUUUGCGGCGGUGAAUGAACUCUACUCGCACAUGAAAGAGCAGCACCAUCAAAGCUCUAUGAAAGACUCUGAAACACUGACUUUUGGUGAAACCAAACAGCUGUGCCACGUGUGUCCAGAUUGUGGCAAAUCGUACACUGUGAUCGGAAACCUCCUCAACCACAUGCGCUCACACAAACAACCCUCCAAAUCAGUUUUUCACGGCCUGGAGCACUUGAAAAAGAAGUCCUUUCAGUGCGAGUCUUGCGGGAGAAGUUAUUCUCGCGCCUCGGCUCUUGACGCUCAUCGACGAUGCCACGAAGAAAAGCUGGUCAAGUCCAAAAACAGGGGCUCCAGAGACGCCGUUCAGUCUGUGGUGGAAGCAAAAAAAAAGCAGCUGGAGGACGACUCCGGUGGAAUGCCUUUUAAGUGUCCGUGCGGUAAAGCUUUUCCUAAAGAGUUUCACCUCCGGUCUCACCAGAGAUUGAGCCGCAACACCCUCUGCUCCCCAGAAACAAAGAAAACAACCAGGAAAAGCACCAAAUUUCAGUGCAGCGAGUGUCAGAAGACGUUUAGUGGUCAUGUUGCGCUCUUGAACCAUCAAAAGUGGCACGCCAAAAACACCAGUAACUCAGGAGGAAAAAUCCAGUGUGAGGAUUGUGGGAAAGAAUUCACGUUGCUGGCGUUUUACUAUAAACACCAGCGCACGGCCCACAGCAACGAGACCCCCGCUAAGUCCUUCCUCCACCAAGUGUGCCAGCUUCAGAAGAAAGCCUUUGAAUGUCAACACUGUGGCUUAAAGUUUUCCCGAGCAUCGGCGCUCCAGUCCCACACGCUUCAGCACACGGAUGUCUUCGGGGAAACCAAGGAGGAGGAUCCGCUUUGCUCUGGAGGGCCGUCGCUCCACAAAUCACCGGGACAAAAGGAGGUCGAGGACGUUUCCACAGAAGAACGAGGGGAAAGUUUACUGUCCUCAAAUGUAACUGAAGUAGUGUACAUAAGCGAGACGGAGGAUGACACGGAGAGCUAUGAUCCCGGGGACUUUAACGUUCAGGUGAUCAGUGCGAGUGAAUCCGAAGACGAGGCGGUCAAAGACCCAAACCCGGACCUCGAGCUGCUGUGUGAGUCGGAUCAGGAAGGACGAGAUCCUGUCAACUCAGAAGCUUCCCUCGGAAGCCUGCUGUCCAAACAGAAGCUGGACUUGAAAAUAGUUCAGAUUGACCUUGCUGAAGCUGAAAGGUUUGACUCUGCAGGGUUUCCUCCUUCAUCGCUGCACGCUCCCACGACGUGGCAUGGAGAGAGUAAAAGGCCAGCUCAAGGUCAGUCGGCGGCAGCUUACACAUGCGACGCAUGCAGCUUUGAAGCCACUAGCUAUGAAACAUACCACCAUCACCUGCAAACCCACAAUCAGACCCCCAGCAACGAUGAGGGGAACCACGCCGAGAAGAAAACUUUUACAUGCAACGAGUGUGGAAAAGCUUUCUCUCGCCUGUCUGCUCUGGUCUCUCAUCAGUUGCAUCACCCCAAAAGAAAACCAUUCCAGUGCUCAGAUUGCAUGAUGUCUUUUGUGCAUGCUGCUAGUUUGUUCAAUCACAAGAAAACCUGCACGGCUCAACAGAAGGACUCCAUUUCAUCCAGUAAGAAAGAAUACAACCCCAAAAAAACCCUACUUGGCCCAAAGAUCUAUCACUGCGAGCAGUGUGGAAAAGGUUUUUGGUCUCUGGGGGCUUACUCGCACCACAAACAAAAUCAAGCUGAGUGUGAAGAUUUGAGGCUCAGGAAAGGCGUGCCAGGAACCUUGCAGUCCGUCAAUGGGCGCUCGCGCUCCUGCGUGAAGGUCGCGUGCCCGGUGUGCGGCAGGAAGUUCCGGCACAAAGGCACCAUGACGCUGCACAUGCGCAAGCACGAGAACGGAAGUCACCAGUGCGAGCUGUGCAGCCGGACGUUCCGCCUCUUCUCCAGCCUGCUGCGACACCAGGUGGUGCACAGCGAGCAGCUGCUGCCGCCGCCCAUCAAGUCUUUCCAGCAUCAGAUGGAGCAGCUGAGGAAGAAUACGUACAGCUGUCCCGACUGUGGAAAGCUGUUUUCUAGGGCCAAAGCGCUGCAGUUUCACAUGAAAUGUCACGGUUACGAGACGGACCGUUCCCCGUCGCCCCCACAGUCCUCUGCAGCGCCGGAGGGGCUGCAGUGUGUAUCCUGCCUGUCGUAUUUUAACAGCAAGGUCUCUCUGAAGGCCCAUAAGAAACUUUGCAUGAAGAAAGACAAUCCAGACAGCAGAGAUGCAGGAAAGACGAAUGCAUUCACAGCGGAAUCAUCAGAUGAAAUUAAGGAAAUGACGAAAAAUAACGAGACUGAUGCAGACUUUAGUUUGACUAAAAUGAAAUACAAAUGCAACAAAUGUGACAGAGAGUUUCCCGUCGUCGGAGCUUUAAAUUUUCACAAAAGAAUUCACGCCGAAAACCACCAGACAUCCGAAUCGGAUUCUGCAGUUUCUCCCUUGAAAAACCUGACGAAAGUAGAGCUGAGGAAAGAGCUGUUCCACUGUCCUGAUUGUGGGAGGAGAUUCAUGACCAACUCCGCCCUGGGCUCACACAGGCGAUGGCACAGAGAAAAGAAGUGCUCGCGGCACUUCCUAAAAGAGGAAGACUCCAAAUCCGUUGGCAGCAGGACGGAGGAAGGACCCUUUCAGUGCAGCAAGUGCAGCAAACAGUUUUUCAACCACAGAGUCCUUCAGCGCCACCAGCUCUUUAACUGUCUGUGUCAACCCAAACCGGAGUGCGAGUCUAGCAUUAGUGCUGGAGAUGACGGCAGAUCAGAAGUGACUCUUGACCCGACAUUUCAACAGGUUUUAUGGAUAAAGUCUGAGUCAGAAGGUGUGGAAGUGUUGAAGGCAGCAGACGGUCAGCCAACCGUUGGGCUGCUGGGCCACACUUCAGUUCAGAGUGAUGGUGAGAGUAAAACUUUGCUACCAAAACCAAAAGCUUACCAGUGCCCCCUCUGCCCUAUGACCUUUGCAAAAGCAAGAGGUCUCCGCGCUCAUAAGUGGCAGGCCCACUCAAAGGUCCUAAAGUCCAAAGAAAAGCUUUCUUUAAGCGUAAAAGUGGAGCCGAAUGUUCCCAACAGUGACACAAAUAAGACUGAAGAAUGGAGUCAGAGCUACCUCACCGGUGAGGUGAUUGGAAAGAUCAUUUCAGAUGCACAACCUGACAAAUCUGCCUUAAAAAGUGGAAAACAAAGCACAGACCAUAGCGCAGUGUGCUCUGAGGAAAGGCUGGAGAUCCCAGGUCCUGAAAGCAAAGCCGACGUUCUCCUCUCUCCCAGCCGCGUGUGGGAGCCCACCAUCAAAUGCCUCUACAAGUGUGGCAAGUGCGGGAAAGCCUUCCAAACCGAGGAACAGCUCGGCGGUCACAGAAGUAAGGCGAGGAGCCGGCUCUACUGCUGUGCUCUGUGCUGCCAUAGCUUCUGGACCGAGAGCCAGCUGCAGCAGCACCUCGUCUGGCACGACCAAGUGCGCCGCCGUCUGCCCAACGAGCUGCGUUUCAGGAUCAACACCGCCAUGGUCCCAAAGCAGCUGAGAACCCCCGCUGAUAAAACAAGUCCCUCCCCUUUAAGUACAAACCAGGCCACCCCUAAAGCUUGAACGCCUCAGAGCAACCACAUGAGCUGUCCAUCAUUCCUCUCCUGCCUUCAAAACUUUAUUAAGCACCACCUGGAAACCCAGAAAAGAAAGUGAACCCCACCUGCUGCUACUUCAUAAAACUUUAGUGGCCUUGAAUGUGGAUCAUCGACUUGCACCAAUGGAGAAGAAAGCAUGUUCACCUGUACAUUCUGAUCUAUUCUCAGGCUGUCCUUGACACUGGACUGACACCUGGAACUAAGAUUGUAUAGACUUAUCUUCUUCUUUUUCCCACAUGAUGAGCCAGUUUAUUCUUAUGCAUCAGAUGUGAAUGUCGUUCCUCACAAUAUUAAAGUGUGACCAUCAAAGUGUAAAAGUUUAUCUUUGGAUGUUAAAGAAAUUCCAGUAUUUUAUAAAAGCUAACCUGUUGUUGCUUUCAUGGAAAGUAAAAGCUGCUUAUCAUAAAGUUCUAAAGUGAGUCACUGUGCUGACCCCUACAGUAGUCCUGCUGCUACAUCUUUUGUGAGAUCAUUCAGUUUACCAAUUAAAAUUCUGCACAUUCCACUGAAAGUCACAAAUAUUGAAAGCUGAAAUGUUUUGUUUUCUUAAAAACACUUAUUGUAUUUUUUGUUUUUAGUUGAUUCAUAAGCUCCUGUUAGGUUUAUUUUUGUUAUUUGUUGUAAAAAGACUACUAUUCAGCUAAAUUGUUCUGUUCCUGCACUUGAUGUUAGUUUUAUUUUCUUCUUCUAGAUGAAUUUAUUUACCAUUUGUUGUGUUUAACGUGCUUAUCUUUGAGAUAAAAUUCUUUGAAAUGCA